AUGGAGCCCGGUGAUAGCAUCCUAGAGUCAAUCGGCCAAGAAAUCAUAGGCGUAAUGUCACCAGUUUCCAUCUGUAUGUUCCUCGUUGUCCUCCUUGUCUACUCCCUCUACAAUCCCGCCACUGCCACCACCAUCAGGACCGCCGCAAAUCUAGUGUACAUGGAGUCCCCCACCGAUUCCACCUCCCAGAAACUUGAGGGUUCCCUCUUAAACGCCGCCGUUUUCGUUAUCCUAAUUGCUCUUGUGACUUUCCUUCUUGUUCUCCUUUACUACUACAACUUUACUAAAUUUCUCGUGUAUUACACGCGCUUCUCCGCCUUCGCCGUGUUUUCCUCGAUGGGAGGGUCCGUUCUGCUUUCACUGAUUCAGCAUUUUAAUUUUCCUGUUGAUGUUGUUACGUUCUGUGUUUUACAUUUUAAUUUUACGAUUGUGGGUACUCUGUGUGUUUUGUCGAGUAGUGGGCCGAUUGUGUUGAAGCAGAGUUAUAUGGUGGCUUUGGGGAUUAUUGUGGCGGCGUGGUUUACCAAGUUACCUGAAUGGACUACUUGGGUUUUGUUGGUGGCGCUGGCUAUUUAUGAUUUGGUGGCAGUUUUGGCGCCUGGUGGGCCAUUGAAAUUGUUGGUGGAGUUGGCAUCUAGUCGGGAUGAGGAGUUGCCAGCUUUGAUAUACGAGGCGAGACCGACUGCUGAUAUGGGAAGGUCGGGCAUUAGGGGUUCCAGUUUGGGGCUUUUGGUUGGUGGGGUUAUGGGAGAUGAGAGUGGAAGUAAUAGUGUUGAAGUUGAGUUGCAGACGGUUUUGAGGAGCGAAGAUAAUAAUGGAAAUGAGAAUCGAGAUGGGGAGUCCAGAAUCAAUGUGUUGGAAAAUGAAAGUAAUGAGAUUGAAGUGGUGAGAGAGGAUGUAGGAGAGAGUUCUCCUUUGAUUGGUGGUAGUAGUUCAAUGGAAAGGCUAUCGUCCCCAAGUGAGAGGAGAAACAAUGAUAAUGCUGGCAUGUUCGAGGGUAAUAGUACUAAUAACAGAGCAUCCCGAGAGAAUGAGAGCCAGAGGGAGGAUGUUGCUGGAGGUUUUAGGGGAUUGAAGCUUGGCCUUGGAGAUUUUAUUUUCUAUAGUGUGUUGGUAGGUAGGGCGGCUAUGUAUGAUUUGAUGACUGUUUAUGCUUGUUAUCUCGCGAUUAUAUCAGGACUUGGAUGUACUCUCAUAUUGUUGGCAGUUUGUCGUCAUGCGUUGCCUGCUCUUCCUAUUUCGAUUUGUUUGGGGAUCGUGUUUUACUUUUUGACAAGACUGCUAAUGGAACCAUUUGUUGUUGGGACUUCUACUAGUUUGGUGAUGUUCUAA